AUGUCUGCUGAAAAGAAACCCGCAUCCAAGGCCCCCGCCGGCAAGGCCCCUAGAGACACCAUGAAGUCCGCUGACAAGAAGCGUGGUAAAAACAGAAAGGAGACUUACUCCUCAUAUAUUUACAAGGUCUUGAAGCAAGUUCACCCCGAUACUGGUAUUUCCAACCAAGCCAUGCGUAUUUUGAACUCUUUUGUCAAUGACAUUUUUGAGCGCAUUGCCACUGAAGCCUCUAAACUUGCUGCCUAUAACAAGAAGUCUACCAUUUCUUCCCGUGAAAUUCAAACCGCUGUCCGUUUGAUCCUUCCUGGUGAAUUGGCCAAGCACGCUGUUACCGAAGGUACCAAGUCCGUCACAAAAUAUUCUUCCUCUGCUCAAUAA